UCCAUUUAAGCGUUGGCUUGUGCAAACUGCAGAAAUCGUGCUUGAAAUCUAAUUUAAUUAUCAAUGGCAUCGGUAACACAUUUGGAAAACUGUUUCUUGUCAGACUUCUACCUGAAGGAGCGCCAGUAAUUUCUAGAAGGAGAUGCGUAGGAAUCUGUAUGACACAACAGUCUGUUUUUGAAGGUGCUAAGGGUCAAAAGCGAAUAGUCCCAUCAAUACUGAAGAAGGGAAGGAAACCUUGCACUUAACCACUGUUUUUCUUCCCUUUGCCAAGCAGUCAAAGCCCAGUAACUAACAUGAGAACCCAACUUGUCCUCUCUUUAUUUCAGAUUUGGGAGAAUUCCCUGCCAGAAAAAAAAAAAAAAGCUGGAAAAUCCGCUAGUGUUUGUGUGAGUAGAAGGUUCCAGCCUUUUGUUAUUCAUUUGUAGGAACUAUUUCAUUCCGUUUUGUCCAAGAGAGUCAGAAAUACUUGCACAGAAAUGCGCAGCAUCUGAAUGAAAGGGGUCAGAACCGCUUGAAUUUGAGCUUUAUCUGGUGCGGUUGCAAGUUUUAUGGCAUUUAGUAUCUUUAGAACAGCAAGAAUCAAAGUAUCUGACUUCCCAUCAAAAAAAACCUGCUUGUGGCUAAAGAAGAUCAGUUUCAGCUCUGGAGGCACCAAACAAAUCAUCAGCUGUCGAACUGGACCUAAGGCAUCUUUUCCAAGCUUCCGUGAUCUUGCUGCAAUGCAUGAUGGUGGAUAGAUGGAUUAGAGAACAGCGUAUGAUGGCAAACUUGUAGCAUUGGCUCUGACGUAAAAAGAAAACAAAUUCUUUCCUAAAAGCAAAGUAAUUCCAAAUUCUUGGUAUCGUGCAGCCACGCCACUUGCCAAGGAAGCAUUUCCCUGCCUCUCAAAGCUUGCUGUAUCCUCGAUCUGCUGUCUUCCUGCCGUUAAUGGAUUGCAACUCUGCGUGCCCGGUUAGGGCUAAGAGUUGCUCUCGCUACGGAUAUCGUGCAACAUACGCUGUGCACGCUUGUGCGUAUAGGGUUACUUUGAAAAAGAAGACUUGAGUGAUCAAGCCAUUAGGAGACUUUCAGUCCAAGAAAGAGCGAAGCCAGCUCUUGCCGGGACUGGAGGAAGUCCCUGUUGAGAGCGAACCCUUAGAACCGGAGCUCGUUCUCAGUUGUGUCGAUCAUGUCUAAGCAAGGAGACGACUGCUACUUCUAUUUCUAUUCCACCUGUAACAAGGGAGACAGCUGUUCCUUCCGCCACUGUGAGGCUGCUCUGGGAAAGGAGAGAGUGUGCAAGCUGUGGCAGGAGGGUCGCUGUUUCAGGGACUACUGCAGGUUCAGGCACAUGGAAGUCGAUAAAAAACGCAGUGAGAUUCCUUGCUACUGGGAGAAUGAACCAGCUGGCUGUCAAAAAUCCAACUGCGCGUUCCGUCACACGAAAGGACGUUAUGUUGAUGGACUUCUUCUUCCGCCAAGCAGAACUACGCUUGCGAGUCCACCUGAGCCUGCAGAAGACGAUGUGAAAAUGGCUCAGGCGUCCCUGCAGCAAACCAAACUUUCUGUCCAGUCAAAUCCCUCUCCGCAGCUGAGGGGGAUGAAAGUGGAAAACUCUGAAAAGGUCCCAAGUCCUACACAUCCUCAGCCAGUUGUAAUCAGUGCUGCAGAUGAUGAUGAAGAUGGGUACUUUUUACUUACUGAAGAGCAGCUUUCUGAAGAAGGAGGUGAAACUACAACACCUGUCCAGCAAGCGGCAACAGAAGCCCAUGGUGGAUCGCGGAUAAUUUCCACUAGGAAAGGCAGUGCUAAUACAAAGCAAGAGGAGAACUUAAAUUUUGGAAUAAAAACACUUGAAGAAAUCAAAUUGGAGAAACUAAAGGAAAAAACAAAAAACCAAGGUGAAGGUCCUUCAGGAGUUUCUGUUCCUCCGCUCCAAUCUCGGGCUAUUCCUGUGCCAGAAAAGGAAAUUGUACGGACGGUAGUGAGAACUGUGACUCUGUCUACAAAGCAAGGGGAGGAGCCUGUGAUUCAACUGAAUCUUGGCGAGAGGAUGGGAAAACGGAAAGCCUCCGCAGCUGGUAAAAGUGUCCUUCCGCUAAAGCGCAACCUUGCUGACAGGCUGGGGAAGAAGACAGAGGCUCUGGAGAGUGCUGACAAAGCACCUAAGAGAGUUCAAGUCCCCAGGUCUCUGAAGGAGAGGCUAGGACUGCCCUCUGAACCGACCAGUAGAGAGACAGAGAAGGCUGCUAAGCCAGCGGGAGAAAUGCAUGUGAAAACAGUGGAGGAAAUUCGACUUGAGAGCGCUCAUCGGAGACGAGGAGAACCUCAAGUGAAACCCCAGACUGAAGGACGUCGUAAAACAGAAGAUCCCAGCUCGGGGGCAAGACCUUCCCCUGCAGUUCGUGUCAUAACUUUCUCAGGAUCCCUGGCUGUAAAAAAACGCAAGCGAUUGAGGCGAAAGAAGCAAAAACCAGAAGCGUUUCCUACCGAGACAAAAGUUGAGAGCAAACCCAAGAAGCAGAGCAUACUUGCGCCGUCUGUGCUCAGCCAAGUGCGCCCGGCAGAGCCGGCAGGUAAAGCCAAGCCAGCGGGAGAAGUGCGUGUUAAAACCUUGGAAGAAAUGAAGCGGGAGAAAGCUCUGCGGAUGCAGCAGAGUGGAGGAAAAGUGCCAGCUCCACCAGCACAACCCGAACCUGCCCCGACAGGGAGGAGUUUGUUGCGGAUCACAAAGCUAAUAGCACCUGGAAGAGAAGAAAAGAUGAUAGUGGAAUUGAGCAAGCCUUCUCCCAAAGCUGUCUCUGCACCUGCAGAGCCCUCUGAUCAGAGUGCAACUAAUUCUAAAGUUGAAGUGAAGAGCCUUGAAGAGAUCAUGUGGGAGAAGCGGCAACUGAAGCAACGCCAAGAAGAGAAGCUUCAGAAGGAAGCAGCUGCUGUGCCAUCUCCUAUUGAACAGGCAACCAAGGCCAAACGGAAGGUGUGCCUGAAGCCUUUGGAUGGGAAAGCCACCUUCCCCACAAAGCAGCCACUGAAACGUAAGGCAGCCGAGAGUCAUCCCUCUGCCGUGGCGGCCGUGAAGCCGUUGAGUGCCACUGGUGGCGACGGGAAGGAGCCUUCAGCUAAAAAAGCAGCUGUGGCCGUUGUUCCGGCUUUGCCAGAGGACAGCCUCCUCUCCAUACGUGGGAGAGAAAAACCCCAAGCCAGUCCUGAGCUGCAUACUGGAAGCCAGGCAGACUCUGUGGCACCGCCAGAGGUCUCAAGCUCGACCUCAGCUUCUUCAGAAGGAGCAGUAAAGAAACGCCGGUUGAGCUUCUCAGGGGCCUGGGAAGCCCCCUUCUCUGUAGAAGAUGACUUUGAGAAGUUUCUUUGGGAAAUCUCGGGAGGCAAACUGGAAGAGGAAAUUGACGUGGACCCAGAGAAUGAGGAGGAUGACAUGUUCAUGGAAAUUGGUGAACUGAUUGAAGGCUUAAAAUAAAGAAACAAAUAAAUUGAAACUGAUUAUUUGGUUGGAUACCCAGAGGUGAUUCUUUUUCCAGCUGAGGCUUUGCAGUGAGUCUUAAAGCACAGGUGAACUGGUAGACAUUGGGAGGAUCUGCACUCAGUUGUCCUAA